AUGUCGCCCGACCAAAUUCAGGCGGAGCUUAGCCGGCUCUUCUGCCCGCCGCUCGACACCACGCUUGUGGCUGCCAUCGCUCAUGAGCCCAAUCAAACACUGCAGAGCGCAAAGGAGGUGUGCGAGACACUUGCUGCUGCCGCUGUACCAGACACAGCACCGGCAUCUCCCACGAGAAGGGAGAGUCCUGUCACAAAACCUCGAGCCGAGAGCCCAGCGCCACGUACGGGCGUGUCGAGUCGCAGAAAGGCGUUUGGAGGAAAGCUCACCAAUUCCGAACAUCCGCCUUCCAACGCAGCGAGCACGUCUUCAUCAUCGAAAUCGACAUCGCCGGCAGCGUCCUCACCGCCAGAUGCAGACAUUCGCGACGCGCACGACCCAACCGAAGUUGCAGCCGUCGAGCGCCUGCUCAACGAGUGGACGCUCGUCGACUCGGCCUCGCAGGACCCGCUGAAUCUUCACCUCACCGACGAGGAGGCCGGAUCAGACGCCGAAGCUGGACGCUCAGAAUCCACGCAGCCACGCGACGCAUUCGAUGCGCUUAGCUUUCUGCAGCACGCCUUUCCGUCGCGCACCCCCACCUUCCUGCGCGAGACGCUCGACGACUCGCACGGCGAUGUGCAGACCGCCGUCGACACGCUCAUGACCAUCGACCUGAUCGAAGCCGAGGACGCGCUUCCCACCCCCGCCUCCGCCUCUGCACCGCGUUCCGGGCGCGGGCUCGACUACGAAGCGCUCGCCGCGGGGCUUGGAUCGCACCCUGACGACCCGGACGCACAGCUGCGCGGCAAGAAGCACCGCGCCGCCCGCAAGAGGCUGCAACACGAACAACGUGCGGCGCGGGCUGCGGGAAAGCUCACCGUCAACCUCACCGACCUCCGUCACGGCACCGCCUCGUCCAACACUGUUCUCAAGAAAUUGGCUGCGACGCCGCCGUCACACAUGUCGCGCACCGCUUCUCCUGCGCCGCAGCUGACCGACGCGCAGCUGGCCGCACAGCUCGCGGCGGAAGAAGAGGCGGCGACGCGCGAUCCGGAUGCCGACCGGCCGGUAUCGGACAACCAGUGGCUGCUGACCUCGUCGGUGCUUGCGCAGCUCUCGACGUUGCUCGAUGUGCCGUCGGCGCGCGUCACGUCGGUAUACAACGCGUCGUCGUUCAACCUUGCCGUGUGCUUUGCGCGUCUGCUCGGGCUCGAAGCCGAGCAGUACCCGAGCCUGGCCUCGCUCGACGAGGCCGGUGGUGCGCCGAGCGGUACAGCACACCAGAUCGCACAGGGCAUUGCGGUGAUCGCCGACGUCGACACGGAUACAGCAGCAGAGGCGCUGCGUGCCACAAAGGGCAGGCAGGAUGCGGCGAUCGACCUGCUGCAGCUGCAUGCGCUGGUUCAGCAACAAGUUGGAUGUGCAGACCCGCUCGACCCCAUGCGCCGACUUCAACAACUCGGUGGCGCCGAGGUGCCCAAGACCGCCGAAGCGCCCGCCAAGGGCUACGCCGUCGACGCCGCGGCGAACAGCGGCAAGUUUGCAGCGAGCUUUCCGACGAUCUCGCAGGCGGCGGGUAGCAAGGCCCCUGCUGGCAGUGGGGUGUACUCGAGCGUGGUGGGUCGCAAGGCCGCGGGACCUACUUCGGGUGCAGCGGCAGCGUUGCGGUCGGGAUCGGCGAUCGCGUCGGUCCUUCCUGCGUCGUCGGCGAUUGUGGUGCCUGCCGACGAGUUUGCGGACGACCCUGUGGCGGCGGAACGCGGGCUGGCGGCACACACCACGCAGUACGAUCCCAUGCGGCGCAUGGCCGAGUACCGAUUGGUGGCCGACGAGUACCGCGCACGGCGCGACGAGGCGCUGCGCAAGGCAGCCUCCGCAUGGAAGCAGCGCGGUGGCGUGCGCACGGGUGGCAAGGGUGGCGACGGCGGUCGUGGCGGUAUCGCUUGGCACUACGCAGACGAGGCACGCCGGCUCGAUGCAAAGGCCCGCGCAUGGAGCCUCAGGGCAUCCCAUGCUCUCGUGGCCGAUCGUCGAACCGCUUCCAUCGGCGUCGUCCGCCCCGGUGUAGCCUCCACCCCGCAGAACGCAGCACAGUACUCGAUCGACCUGCACGGCGUCAACGUGCACGAGGCCCUCUCGAUCGUGCGCGAACACGUGACAAAGUGGUACGCCAGCCCACGAACGGGUCUCAACCCGGCUCCCUUCAAGAUCGUCACCGGCGUCGGCAGACACUCGCCCCACCAGAUCGCCGUGCUCCGCCCCGCCAUCGCAAAGAUGCUCGACCGUGAAGGAUGGCGCCACGACGUGGAUCAUCAGAGGGGUAUCAUUACGGUGCGCGGUGCGAAAUAG